UCACAUCCGGUCCUGACCGGAACUCCCCGCGGCUCCCGGAAGCGCUGUAGCUUGGGCGAUGGCUGACCUGGACUCCUCGUUCCGGGGUGGACCCGAGGCCGCGGCGCCCCCACGAUAGAACGGACCUGGGUCCCGAGGUGAAAAGCAUCGGGCUGAACUGCGCCACAGAAGGGACCCUUGGACCCCCCGGCCCCUCCCCAGCCCUCCCCUGACCUCUUCAUUGCCUUGGCGAGGCUGCCCAGGAGCCUGGGAUGGAAGGGUCCAAGGCGUCCAGCAGCACCAUGCAGGUGAGCUUCGUGUGCCAGCGCUGCAGCCAGCCCCUGAAACUGGACACCAGCUUCAAGAUCCUGGACCGUGUCACCAUCCAGGAGCUCACAGCUCCAUUACUUACCACAGCCCAGGCUAAACCAGGAGAGACCCAGGAAGAAGAGGCUAACUCGGGGGAGGAGCCAUUUGUGGAAACCCGCCAGGACGGCAUCUCCCGCCGGUUCAUCCCCCCAGCCAGGAUGCUGUCCACAGAGAGCGCCAACAGCUUCACACUCCUUGGGGAGGCAUCUGACGGCGGCACCAUGGAGAACCUCAGCCGCAGGCUGAAGGUCACUGGGGACCUUUUUGACAUCAUGUCGGGCCAGACAGAUGUGGACCACCCACUGUGUGAGGAGUGCACAGAUACUCUCCUGGACCAGCUGGACACGCAGCUCAAUGUCACCGAGAACGAGUGUCAGAACUACAAGCGCUGUUUGGAGAUCCUGGAGCAAAUGAAUGAGGACGACAGCGAGCAGCUGCAGCGGGAGCUGAGGGAGCUCGCCCUGGAGGAGGAGCGGCUAAUCCAGGAGCUGGAGGAGGUGGAAAAGAACCGACAGGUGGUGGCCGAGAACCUGGAGACGGUGCAGGCCGAGGCUGAGCGGCUGGACCAGGAGGAAGCCCAGUACCAGCGGGAAUACAGCGAAUUCAAACGGCAACAGCUGGAGCUGGAUGAUGAGCUGAAGAGUGUAGAGAACCAGAUGCGCUAUGCACAGAUGCAGCUGGACAAGCUGAAGAAGACCAACGUCUUCAAUGCCACCUUCCACAUCUGGCACAGCGGGCAGUUUGGCACCAUCAACAACUUCAGGCUGGGGCGCCUGCCCAGCGUCCCUGUGGAGUGGAAUGAGAUCAACGCCGCAUGGGGCCAGACAGUGCUGCUGCUGCACGCCCUGGCCAAUAAGAUGGGUCUGAAGUUUCAGAGGUAUCGACUUGUUCCCUAUGGAAACCAUUCAUACCUGGAGUCCCUGGCAGACAAAUCCAAGGAGCUGCCUUUGUACUGUUCUGGGGGGCUGCGGUUUUUCUGGGACAACAAAUUCGACCAUGCCAUGGUGGCUUUCCUGGACUGUGUGCAGCAGUUCAAAGAGGAGGUGGAGAAGGGCGAGACGCGGUUUUGCCUUCCGUACAGGAUGGACGUGGAGAAAGGCAAGAUCGAGGACACCGGCGGCAGCGGGGGCUCCUACUCCAUCAAAACUCAGUUCAACUCCGAGGAGCAGUGGACAAAAGCGCUCAAGUUCAUGCUGACCAAUCUGAAGUGGGGUCUUGCCUGGGUUUCCUCGCAAUUUUAUAACAAAUGACUUCUUUCCUUAGGGGAUAUUUGCCUGAAAGGCUUCAAGGGUUCAUUUUUUGGUUUUUGGGGUCUUUUUUUGGUAUUGGGGAUCAAACUCGGGACCUUGCACUUGCAAGGGAGGCGACAGCAGCACUGAGCUAAAUCCCCGGCCCUAAGUUUUGUUUUGUUUGCCAAAAAAAAAGUUUUAAAUUUGGGUGAUAGUAAACAGCACGUGUUUACAAUACCAAAAGAGACAAAAUCCACAAAAGUGGCUUUAUUUUAAGCUGUGGUGUGACAGCUGGCACUCUAGCCACCAGCCCUGGCCUAGUUUUGACUCAUCCCCAUGCCUUCCUUUCCUUCUCUCCCUGAAAAACAACUAAUUUAAUUUUCCUUUUUUUUCACUGAGUUGAAUUGAAGUUGAUGUAUUUUCACUGGAUUUUAUCUGUGUCAACUUCUUGCACUUAAAGUAUGGAAUAGAAACUGGUCUCCAUUGAGACACUGAGAUGUGAGGCGCACAUUGGAUGACACGGGAAAUGACGUCUCCUCUCUGCCCAGCCACCAUGUGAUUCGAUCGCGUGAUGCCAUCCCAGGAGCCUGAUGCUGAACCCUCUCCUCCCUGGGUUCCUUAGUGAACCCUGCGUUGCCCUGUAGUGUGGCAAGGAUGGAGUCUGGUCUGUUUGGGACGUUCCAAAGAGGUUGCAUUAUUGUAAUAAAAGAUUUGCUACAGUGUGGUA